AUGGUUUACUUUGCAAGCAUUUUCGCAAUCGGUCUGGCACCAUUGCUUGCGACAGCUAAACUGUCUGGAAAGGUCGGCCCGACCACAACAUCCUCCAUCAAAGCCAACAAACAAACCUGCAACGUCCUAGACUACGGCGGCGUGGCAGACAAUUCCACUGAUCUCGGUCCAGCCAUCAGCUCGGCCUGGGACGACUGCAGUAACGGAGGCCUGGUUUAUAUCCCAUCGGGGAGCUACGCCUUGGGUAGCUGGGUAUCUCUGAAAGGAGGUAACAGCACAGGCAUCCAGUUGGAUGGAACCAUUUACGGCAGUGGUACCGACAGCGGCAAUAUGAUCUACGUUGCUGCCACCAAUGACUUUGAGCUAUUUAGCUCUAAUUCCAAAGGUGCCGUUCAAGGAUUCGGAUAUGAGUAUCAUCGAAAUGGCUCAUUGACCGGCCCUCGUAUUCUUCGAUUAACUGAAGUUUCAAACUUCUCGGUUCACGAUAUUGCUCUAGUGGAUGCUCCGGCGUUCCACUUCGUCAUGGACACUUGCUCGAAUGGCGAGGUGUACAACAUGGCCAUUCGGGGUGGUAACUCUGGUGGAUUGGAUGGUAUUGAUGCCUGGGCGACCAACAUGUGGAUCCAUGAUAGUCCGUCGCAGAAUAUUUUGGUGGAAGGCAUUUAUUGUAACUGGAGCGGCGGAUGUGCCAUGGGCUCACUGGCUACUAACACUAACAUCUCUGAUAUCACAUACCGCAAUGUCUAUACGUGGUCCUCCAACCAGAUGUACAUGAUCAAGAGCAAUGGCGGCAACGGCACAGUCUCCAAUGUGCUCCUAGAAAAUUUCAUUGGCCAUAACAACGCCUACUCGCUCGACAUCGACGAAAAGUGGAGCAGCAUGUCCGAAGCCCCGGGAGAUGGCGUCCAACUUAACAAUGUCACGAUCAGUAACUGGAAAGGCACUGAAUCCGAUGGAGCCCAGCGAGGUCCUAUCAAGGUAUCUUGCGCAGAAGCGGCGCCCUGCACCGACAUGACCAUUGAGGACUUUGCAAUGUGGACCGAGGAAGGCUCUACACAGGAGUACUCCUGUGAGAACGGUUACGGUUCUGGGUUCUGCUUGAACACUGGCGAUGACUACACCUCGUAUGCCACCAAGAUGUACGCCACUGCGGCCCCCUCCGGUUACUCUGCGCCGACAAUGGCGUCGGAUCUAGCCACUCCUUUUGGCACUGUGAUGCCUAUCCCCAUCCCUGCUAUUCCUACUUCAUUUUAUCCCGGUGCGACGCCCUAUAGUAAGCUGGCGGGUGCGAAGUCAGCCUCGAGGUAG